AUGCAGUCCUACCUCCAGUCCCGGCGCAUAGGUCUCGCGGCCAAAGCGCAAGUCGAACGGGACCUAGAGAAGGCACGGCUGAUCACUCUUCACAGCACUGGCGGUGGCGGCGUCGACGACGAGCCGGCGAGCACAAGGGAUCACGAUGACGUAUCGGAACCGCCCCUGCGGCCACACAGCCCGCGGUCUGAGAAGUCCCUGGACUUGGAUCGCAUGAGCAAUCAGAAUGACGGAAACGACGAAGAAGAAGAAGGGGAUGGGGGCACAACAAAUUCCAGCAGCAGCGACACGUCCAGCGACACCUCCACACCCGCCGAGCGCGUCCAGACCAUGGCCACGGUGCGCACGCAAUACACAUCGCGCGCCGCCCUCGGCCACUCCCUAACGGGCAUCCACGCGCGCGACCGGCGCACGCACGAGGGCAAGGGCAGCCAAGUAUUCGUGGUCGGCUGGGAGGGCGCGUCGGACCCGCAGGACCCGCGCAACUGGAGCGUGGCGCGCCGCAUCGGGUGCACGCUGCAGAUCUCGCUGAUCGCGGGCACCGUGGGCGCCGGUUCGGGCAUCGACGCGACAGUAUUACCACAAGCAGCCGCCGCGCUGGGCGUCAGCGAGGUCGUCGAGUCGCUCGACACGGCGCUGUACCUCGUCGGCAUGGGCGUCGGGUCCCUCAUCGCGGGGCCCUUUUCCGAGACGUUCGGGCGGAAUUAUGUCUAUUGCGGUUCGAUGUUUAUUUUCAUGGUGUGGAUAAUGGCGAGCGGGCUGGCGCCGAAUAUUGGCGCGCAGGCUGUGUUUCGGUUCCUGGCUGGGUGCUCGGCGUCGACGCCGCUGGUGUGCUCGGGCGGGUCGGUCGCUGACAUGUUCGAUGGGCUCGAGAAGACCUGGGGAUUCCCGCUGUACGCCAUCUCGGCGUUUGGCGGGCCUAUGCUCGGGGCUGUCAUGGGCGCGUAUAUCGGGCCCUCGCCGCUCAUCAGCUGGCGCUGGACCGAGUGGGUUAUGUUGAUCCUGUCGGGGCUGGUCAUGACGCUUAUUAUCUUCUUCAUGCCUGAGACGUACGCGCCGCUGUUGCUGCAGUGGAAGGCCCGACAUUUGCGCGAGAUCACAGGCGAUGACCGGUUCCGGUCCGAGCAUGAGAUUGUGGAAGCGACGCUGUUUACUAGGCUCAAGGUCAGCAUGACGCGGCCGUUCGUCAUGCUCACUGAGCCGAUUAUCAUCGCCAUGACGCUGUACCUUUCAGUGGUAUACAUAGUACUUUUUACGUUCCUGGUCGGGUUUCCCUACAUCUUCGAGCACACCUACGGCAUUUCCCAGGGCCUCAGCAAUGUCAUAUUCGUCGCUAUGUUCAUCGGCACCGAGAUCACCUUCGUCCUGGUCCCCAUCGUCUACCGCAUGACAAUAAAGGAGAUGAACCUGGCCGAAUCCCGGGGCGAGGGCCGCCAAUUCAACCCGGAGAUCCGCCUCUGGUACGCCAUGCUCGGCUCGGCCGUAUCCAUCCCGAUCUCGCUGUUCUGGAUGGGCUGGACCGACUUCGCCAGCAUCAGCAUCUGGUCGCCCAUCUUUGCGGUCGCGUUGUUCGGGUACGGCGUCAUGGGCAUCUUCAUAUGCGCUUAUAUGUACAUCAUCGACGCCUACGAGACCUACUCGGCCUCGGCUCUGACAUUCGUCGCCCUGGUGCGGUAUGUCGCGGCAGGCGGGAUGACGGUGGUCGGUAUCCCGUUUUACGAGAACAUGGGAGUACCUUACACGCUGACGAUCUUGGGGUCGCUUUCGUGUCUCCUGGUUCCUAUACCGUAUGUGCUAUAUCGAUGGGGCUGGAUGAUUCGGAAGAGGAGCAAAUAUGCCGUGUCUAGAGAGAUAUAG